AUGAAUCCUGCAACAGAGACCGACUUUCUCGUGAUAGGAUGUGGGCCGGCGGGCGCUGCCCUCGGGGCCUUUCUCGGACAGAAUGAAUGCUUGAGGGACCUUGGAUUGCAAGAUGAUGCUUUGAGUCAAGCCACGAGGGGCCCCGCCAUACAGGCUAUGCGAUGGUGUCGCAGUAUGGUCGGCGAGGAGUAUGGAAGACUUCAUUACUGGGCUCUCACCCUGACACAAUGGCAUGCACACCCAUCCCACAGCACGUUCAGCAGCUAUAAUAUAGCCUCACCCUGCGAGUGGACCGACCUCCCCCAAAGCUAUCUGGACCCCAUCCUGGCCAAAUUUGCUUCUCAACAUGGCUUCGACGUGCGCUUUUCGACCAAGCUCAUCCACGUCAAACGUGCAUCUGGCAUCUGGAUUUGUGAUAUCCAGGACUUGAUCACCAAUAAUACUUUCGAGAUCCACGCCAAGUAUAUCUUUGGCGCCGACGGGGCGCGUAGCAGCGUGGCUCGUUUGCUCAACUUCGAAUUCACCCAGAACGCAAGUGGGGGCGUUGCUUGUAAUGUUCUACUGAAAGCUGAUCUUGACCACGUCAUGCACCCGGCACGACAGGCAGGCCUGCAUUGGCUAAUGAAGCCGGAUCGCAAGACAAGAUUCGGAAUCAGCCCGACACUCAGAAUGAUCAGGCCGUGGAAGCAAUGGAUGUUGGUCGCCUUCACCCCAGGAGCGACAGAAGAUCCUUUCAAGGACUUGACACCAAAGAGUACUGAGCUGAUAGACUAUAUCAAAGAGCUUAUUGGGGAUGAUUCCGUGAAUAUCGAAGUUCAGAGGCUUGACCCGUGGGUACUGCGCGACACCGUUGCGGUCGACUUCUCCCGGGAGCAAAGUGUAUUCCUCCUAGGUGACGCGGCUCAUCGCCACCCCCCAACAUUCGGGCUUGGGAGCAACACGUGCAUUCAGGAUGCGUACAAUCUGGGUUGGAAGAUUGCCUAUGUUGAAAAGGGUCUGGCGGGCCCAGGGCUCCUAGAUUCCUACGAUGCUGAGAGGCAGCCUGUUGGAGCGGAUGUCGUCAAGGAUGCCAACUAUGGCAUUCAGCUGCACUCUAAGAUCUGGGAAGCACUCGGCAUGUUUGCAGCGACCCAAGAAGAAGGGAUGCAGCACAUAAAUGAUCUGUCCAGUGGCACGCCAGAAGGUGCAGCUUGUCGUGCCAGGUUGCACGCCGCCUUCGAAGGCAUGAGGCAGGAGGCGGAGAGUCUGGGCGCUACCAUGAAUCAAUGGUAUACGUCCAAUGCGGUCUAUCUGGACGACGAGAGCCAUCCGAGAUUGCCGCUUGAAGGAAACCGCCUGGUCAACAUUCAAGUCAGCACAUACCCGGGCAGUCGUCUCCCGCAUGCGUGGCUGGACCAAUGGUCAACGCGCAGGAAGGAGAUCUCGACCCAGGAUGUAGCUGGGAAGGGUUCCUUUUGCCUCCUGACUGGACACGGGGGCGACCCCUGGAAACAGGCCGCGGACAGGAUUUCUCAAAAGACGGGGAUACCGAUCAAUAGCUACGGAAUAGGCUACGGCCUUGACUACCAUGAUGUCUACCGAGAGUGGUACACCAGACGUGAGGUCGCGGACGCUGGGUGCGUGCUUGUUCGCCCGGACAGGUUUGUGGCAUGGAGGUCGGUGGAGAUGGUCCCCGACUGCGAAGGUAAGCUUUUGACGGUUCUGGACCGCAUCCUGUCAAGAAAGGAGUUGUUGUAG